AUGGGCAAAAACGAUAAACCUCAAACUGCGACGUUAACUCAAACCCAAACCGACGCAUGUUUGAAGAUAACUAGGGAAAUUUUUGAUCUCCCUAUUGCCACUUACUUCAGAGCUCCAGUUAAUACAGCUGAAUUUCCAAACUACAAAGUCAAGAAGCCAAUGGACUUGGGAACAGUUAUUCAGCGCUUAGAUGAGCAAAAAUAUAAGAAUGUUGACCAAUGGAGAAACGAUAUGAAAUUAAUUUGGGAUAAUGCAAAAGACUUCAACUCGCCUGAUUCAAUUGUACACUCUGUUGCAUUGGAACUCAAACAAUACUUCGAAAGAAAAUCUGAUAGAAUACCAAAAAACGAAAUGGAAGCUUGGCAAUUCGAAUUACAAGCUUGCCAUGGCAAAAUCCAAGAAAUAAUGGCCUUAAGACCAACACCUCGUCCCAAACUCGUACUUAGAAGAAAUUCCACAAAUAUUGGAGAAUAA